AUCGUCAUGAGGGUCUCGCUGACGUCCCCAACCCUGGGACGCUGGCUCCGACAUGUAGCUCCUCUCGCUGUCUCCACGCUGUUACUUCUUUACCUCAGUGUACGGCUCUUGCGUGGGUGGACGCUGGCACUGCCGGCUCGGAGGGCCCAGCAGUCCCGCCUGCGGGGGCCCGAGCCCCCUUCCCCUUCUCCAGCCCUCACUGCCCUUCUUCGCCUCACCUCAGGUGUCCUACCAGGCUGCAGGCCCGGGGCGCAGUCCUGCAAUCCAGAGGCACCUCCACCUUCCCAGGACAGCCCAGAAUGGAGACCCCUGGUAGUCCAUGAAAAGGAAGAGCCUCCCUGUCUGGGGCCUCAGGGCGCGCUGGGUCGCAUGGUGACUCCCUUCCUGGCCUGUAUGAACCCUGAGGGGGAUGUGGAGCUGUCUCAGUACCUAGCAGGGUGGAGGGAACUACUCAGAUUCCUGACUCCCCUAGGCCCUGUCUUCGCCUUUGCCACCAGCGAGGCCAUCACCAAGGUGACCGCCCUCGAGGCUCGCGUGCGCGGCCCCGAGGCUUCGCACUAUGCGUCGCUGGAGACGAUGGCGACGUGGGAGCGGCAAGCAGGACUGCUGGACCCGCCGGAGACCGCACCCGGAGACCCAGCCAGGUCCUCGGGCUCUCGAACGCUGCUUUUGCUGCACCGUGCGCUGCGCUGGUCCCAGCUCUGCCUCCAGAGGGUGGCGACGGGGACGCUCGGAGGUCCAGACGCCGGCGCGCAGUGCGGGGACGCGUACAGCACCGCCCUGGCCGCGCACCACCCCUGGCUCGUGCGUCAGGCCGUCCGCCUGGCGAUGCUCGCCCUCCCGAGUCGCGGCCGUCUGCUCCAGCUGGCGUGUCCGGGAACCGCGGAGGCGGACGCGCGGGUAGCCCUGGCCAAGGCCGCCCGCAUCCUGGAGGAUGUCUACCACCGAACGCAGAGCCUGCUGGAGGGCCACGGUCUGCUCCAGCUGGCUUGAUGGAGAC